UAAUUACACUAUGUACUCUGAAAAAAAUUACCCUGAAAAGGUAAAGAGAGAGGGAGAGAGAGAAAGAGAGAGGGGUAGAGAGAGACAGAGGGAGAGAGGUAGAGAGAGAAAAGUAAAGAGAGAGGGACAGAGAGAAAGAGAGAGAGGAAGAGAGAAAGAGAGAGAGGGAGAGAGAGAGAGAGAGAAAGAGAGAGAGAGAGAGAGAGAGAGAGAGAGAGAGAGAGAGAGAGAGAGAGAGAGAGAGAGAGAGAGAGAGAGAGAGAGAGAGAGAGAUAUUGAAAGAGAGAGGAGAGAGAGAGAGAGAGAGAGAGAGAGAGAGAGAGAGAGAGAGAGAGAGAGAGAGAGAGAGAGAGAGACCGAGAGAAAUGGGUUGAGUGAGAGAAUGAGAGAAUGAGAGAAUGGGUGAACGGGAGAAGAGU